AUGGCACACAAGACCGUUUCCAUGGCCCUGGCCGCAGUGGGAAUAUUCACCCUCUAUCUGCUUACCAAAACCCUCAUCAAGACAUGGCAAAACGCCGCCGAAGCCCGCCGUCUUGGCUGCAAGCCACCGGCCUCCUUCCCCUACAUCUGUCCCUUGGGCAUAGACAUUGUGCACAAGCUCAUGCUCGCCCGCCGGCAGAUGCGGAUGCCCGAGUGGCUGCGGGAACAGCUGGCCAAAACGUCGACGCCCUCCAACCCAAACAACCUGACCUGCGCUUUCCGAAUCGUCCACACCAGCGGCAUCCUGACGGCCGACGAAGCCAACGUGCACGCCAUGCUUUCGAAGCAGUUUGACGACUUUGAGGUCGGCCGGAGCAGGCGCGAAAUCGCCCGCCCCCUGGUCGGCGACAGCAUCUUCACCACGGACGGGCACGUCUGGAAGAUGCUGCGGUCGCUGGUCCGGCCGUCGUUUGCCCGGCAUCAGGUUGGCGACCUCGACUUGGAUGAAAAGCACGUUGGGAAUAUAAUGGCCUGUCUCGAGACCGGCUCCGACGGCUGGACGGCAGACGUGGAUCUCCAAACGCUCAUGUUUAGAUAUUCGCUCGAUUCGUCCACCGAAUACCUCUGCGGCGCCUCGGUUGGCUCCCAGCUCAAGGCGCUACGGGCGGAAAAAACGACAGGAGACGGAGACGAAAUCGAUUUUGCAGCCGCCCUGGACCGGGCAAUGGAGAGCCUGGCCAUUCGAGGACAGUUCUUCGAAUUCGGACCCUACAUCUGGCCCAGGGGGUUCCAAAAGGCCUGUCUAGACUGCCACGCCUUUAUCGACAAGUACGUAGCCCGUCAGCAGCAGCGCAGAUCCCUCGCCGCCGCCGAGAAACCCAAACAACCGUCAGCCGACGACGCAUCAUCACCACCCGCGGCCAAGGACAAGUACAUCUUCCUGGACGCCCUGGCGGAAAACUUUCCCGACCCCGUGGAGCUGCGGCACCAGAUCCUGGGCGUGCUCUUUGCGGGCCGCGACACGACGGCCUCGCUGAUCAGCUGGGUGUUUUACAACCUGGCGCGCGACCCGGCGCGGUACCACAAGCUCCGGCAGGUCGUGCUGGAGCAGUUUGGCGGGCCGGCCGGGGACCCGAGCCGCGUCGUCACCUUCGAGGGCCUCAAGGACUGCAGGUACCUGCAGCACGUCAUCAACGAGACGGCGCGCCUCUGCCCCGUCGUGCCCGUCAACUCGCGGCUCGCGCGGCGCAACACCACGCUGCCCAGGGGCGGCGGGCCCGAUGGCCAGUCAAAAGUCUUUGUCAAAAAGGGCACGCUGGUCUAUUUUGCGCCGUAUAUCAUGGGGCGGAGGAAAGACCUCUGGGGCGAGGAUGCGGACCGGUUCGUGCCGGAAAGGUGGGAGGGUAAAAGGCACGGGUGGGAGUUUAUACCGUUCAGCGGAGGACCUCGAAUCUGCCCCGGCCAACAAUCAGCAUUGACCAAGACUGCAUACGUCAUCGUGAGGCUAUUGCAGCGCUUUGACAGGAUAGAGAGCUGGGACCCUGAAGUGCAUGUCAAGCACGACGCGACUGCUACCAUGUGCUCCGGGACGGGAGUCAAGGUUAGGCUGCACGCGGCUAGCUGUUGA